AUUUUUAACUUUUAUGUUUAUAGAGAUCUACAACGAUUCCGAAUCGUUAGAGAACUGUAUUGAUUUUAUCCAGCAGAUACACUUAAAUCAGAUCAGAGUGAUUACCAAAACAACAAGAUCUAUUGAGUAAGCAGAGAGAGAAGUGAAUAGUCUACAGUAAUGUCGAUCCCCGUACCAAGUCGUCAACUCUUUAUCGACGGAGAAUGGAGAGAACCAGUUAAUAGAAAACGUCUUUCUGUUAUCAAUCCUUCUACUGAAGAAAUCAUUGGAGAUAUUCCUUCGGCUACUUCGGAGGAUGUUGACCUUGCAGUUGAUGCUGCUCGCAGGGCUCUUUCCAGGAAUAAAGGGAAAGAUUGGUCAUGUGCGUCCGGGGCUACUCGAGGAAAGUAUUUGCGGGCUAUUGCUGCCAAGAUAACAGAGAGGAAGCCAGCACUAGCAAAGCUAGAAGCAUUGGAUUGUGGCAAGCCACUGGAUGAAGCAGCAUGGGAUAUUGAUGAUGUUGCUGGGUGUUUUGAGUAUUAUGCAGAACUGGCCGAAGGUUUAGAUGCAAAGCAAAAGACUCCAGUUCCGCUUCCUAUGGAGACAUUUAAGAGUCAUGUUCUGAAGGAGCCCAUUGGAGUUGUCGGGCUGAUCACUCCUUGGAAUUACCCUCUUUUGAUGGCUACAUGGAAAGUAGCUCCUGCUUUGGCUGCUGGAUGUGCUGCUAUACUGAAGCCCUCGGAGCUGGCAUCUGUGACUUGUUUGGAGUUGGGCGAGGUUUGUAGAGAAGUAGGUCUUCCUCCAGGUGUGCUAAACAUUUUAACUGGAUUGGGCACAGAAGCUGGUGCUCCUUUGGCAUGUCAUCCACAUGUGGACAAGGUUGCAUUUACUGGAAGUUCUGCAACUGGUUCUAAGGUGAUGGCCUCUGCAGCUCAACUGGUUAAGCCUGUCUCUAUGGAACUUGGUGGUAAAAGUCCAACUGUAGUUUUUGAAGAUACAGAUCUUGAUAAAGCUGCCGAGUGGACUAUUUUUGGUUGCUUUUGGACAAACGGCCAAAUCUGUAGUGCAACAUCUCGUCUUCUUGUGCAUGAAAGCAUUGCAGAAGCAUUUUGCCAGAGACUAGUCAGUUGGAGCAAAAACAUCAAAAUAUCAGAUCCUCUGGAAGAAGGUUGCAGACUUGGGCCAGUUGUUAGUGGAGGGCAGUAUGAGAAGAUAAAGCAGUUUAUUUCAAAUGCUAAAACUGAAGGUGCCACUAUUCUCUGUGGUGGAAACCGGCCGCAGCAUAUGAAGAAAGGAUUCUUUAUCGAGCCUACUAUUAUAACAGAUGUCACUACCUCUAUGCAAAUUUGGAGGGAGGAGGUUUUUGGACCUGUUUUAUGUGUCAAAACAUUUUCAACUGAAGAAGAAGCCGUUGAACUUGCAAAUGAUACACACUACGGUUUGGGUGCUGCUGUAAUCUCUAAUGAUCUGGAGAGGUGUGAGCGCAUGACGAAGGCCUUCAAGGCAGGAAUUGUUUGGGUGAACUGCUCUCAGCCUUGUUUCUGUCAAGCUCCUUGGGGAGGCAUCAAACGCAGUGGCUUUGGGCGUGAAUUAGGGGAAUGGGGACUCGAGAACUAUCUGAGCGUGAAGCAAGUCACGCAAUACAUCUCGGAUGAACCGUGGGGAUGGUAUACAGCUCCUUCAAAGAUGUGAAAUAAAGCGUAAAGCUUGAGACGGGAAACACAUUCACUAUAGAACAAAAGCUAGUUGAACAAUAUAAAUGUUGAAUGAAAACAAAAAUUUAAUACUUGCAACCUUACUUUUCAAUGUCGAGGAAACUUGGAUGCUUGUCGUAUGUAGGUGUAUGGCUCCGUAAUUGUGGAACAUCCAAUCUUGAUAUGAUGUAUGUUUCCAGUUUACAGCAAUAAAAGCCAUUUUAAAGUUUAAUCCA